UAAACGAACGUUGUGUUCCAGCUCACGUGGAGAACGAGGAGCAGUACGUCCAGGCCGUGGAGCGCCUCGGGGACAGCUGCGCCGGCAGGGACGACGCCGACGUGGGAUCGGCCUUCCUCAAGUUCUCCGUGUUCACCAAAGAGCUGACGGCACUCUUCAAGAACCUGCUGCAGAACAUGAACAACAUCAUCACGUUCCCUCUGGACAGCCUGCUGAAGGGAGACCUGAAGGGAGUCAAAGGGGUCAGUGUGUGUGUGUGUGUGUGU